UUCAGUUCGCGAGCAAUGGGACGUGACAGAAGUCGCAGUCGCGAUAGGAAGAGACGAUCCAGAUCAAGAUCAGUGGAAAGAAGGCGAGAACGAAGUAGAAGUCGUGAACGUCGAGAUGCUCGCAAAAAUCGCGACGAAAAAGAAAAGAGAAGCAGUCGAAGCAGAAGUCCGCGCGAUAAACGAGAUCGGCGGGAAAGAAGUCGAUCACGGGAUCGAAAAGAACGUGAUCGUGAACGACAAAAAAAGGAUCGUGAGCCAAAGAAACGAGAGAAACAAGAGGAGAUCAGUCUAGAGUCGUUACAAAGUGGAGCAGACGAUGAAGCGAUGAUGGCUGCAAUGGGAUUUGGUGGAUUCGAUACAACUAAAAAUAAACAGGUCAAUGACAACGUGGAUGGCUGCGUGAACAUCAAGAAACCUCGCAGAUACCGCCAAUACAUGAACCGAAAGGGAGGAUUCAAUCGUCCACUUGAUUUUAUGGGAUAAUUUAUUUUUUUGCAAUAAUUAUUGUUUUUCUUUUCAAUUUGAUCUCUUUCAUUUAGAGAAUAAUUCUGUACCCAAAUCAUUUUUAUUUCACCGGAACGUUAUUUUUAAAAUAAGAACUUUUAAAUGUUUU